AUGGCAGAGCCUCAGUACACAGUCUUCAUCAGGGUUCCCAUCCCUCGCCGGGGAUUCGUCGAUCCACCUCCCGUCAGUUGGGAUGCCGCCAAAGACGAAGCUCUUUGGAAGAUUCUCUCCGGCCACAAGGAGAUAGACUGGAACCUAGUCGCCGACCGGUUCGAGGUCCCCGUCGACUUCCUGGUACAGCAGGUGGCCUACCUGAACGAACGACACCAGUCUCACUUCCUCGCCCAAGUUCGAAAAGCCACGGCCGCAGCUAAAGGCUCGGCCACGCAGUCGCCCGUUCCUGGAGCCGACGCAGGACAUCUGAGGACGCCGUCGGCCUUGUCGAUCCGCCGCGAUGUGUCCACGCUGCGAAACGAGAGCGGCGCCCCUGGCCCUGCCAUCAACUCGCCGAUUCGCCCGGCUAUGUCUCGCAAUACCUCGGCCACCACGACAGUUAUGAGGGAUGGCGGCGGCGCUUCCCCGAGGAUAGGCACUCGUCCCAGCCUGCGAGCGCUUGAUCAGGCUGCGCGGACGCGGCUGUCAUCGCUGCCCAUUCCGUCGCCGUCUCCCAAGUCUCCCGAACUACCCGUUGCCGAAACCAACAGAGCGAACUCACCCGGCCCAGCCGAGUCGAGCUCAUCUUCCUCAUCCGACGACGAAUCAUUAGCGGUCCAGUCCCGCAUCAUCCGCCGACCACCACGAUAUCAGCCGCCGCAGGACUCUUAUGCUGGCUACCCCGGCGACGAGGAUGACGAAUCGGAGCCUGCGUUUAGACCGUAUAACGCACCGUCUGCUGGGCCUUCGUCGCCGGACCUGUCGUCCACACUGAAGCUGAGGAGCGGAGAUGGCCGCAGCGGGGCGAGGCGCAAUCCAAGGCCAUUCGCGAAAGAGUCUCACCACUCACAGACCUCCGACUCAUCAGCGAGCUCCCCUGCCAUGCCGCUGCGGCCGGUCAAGGCACGAGAGAGCAACAACGCAGACCCGUCGUCCCCUUCUCGUCGCGCAACAGACACUCGAAGCUCGCGGGACAAUAGUGAGGGCACGCCUAGCAUCAGCAGUAGCUUUAGUGACUUGGAUGGUAUGCCCUUGUAUCUGACCAUCUUUGCAAGACUUAGGCACGGAGAAGCUGCAGUCAUGUUUCGUCGUCUGUGGUCCGGCCUCCCAGAGGACGUUACUUUCCCCUCUGAUCUCAAGGGCCUUGGAUACUUUAUCAACGAUGAGGAUGAGAUUCGCUCUAUUGAGGACCCGGAUAAUUACUUCAAGUUCUUCAUUAAUCGCAACCCGCGAAUUUGCGCUCGCCAGCGCUUUGCGUUCAACCAUGCCAUGGAAUCCAUCGUCCACGAACGUCUGGAAAAAGAAGGCAUGCAGAAAAUCUGUCUCCCCCAAGGAGCACCCGCCACAGAGCCACACAUACCCAUCUUCAUCACCCCAAACCUCGAGACGAAAACCCGCAUCGUCGUCAUCUUCGGCGAACCUACGCAGGAGCUCGGUCUCGUGGCCGGCCGCGUGGCAAACGGACCCGGAGGCAUCAAUGAAGGGAGCAUGGUCUCGGUGGUUCGCGCCCUCGCAUCGCAGCGCUCCUCUCCCGACGACGCCUCUCCGCCGGGUAUCGUCCUGGCGAACACGGGCCAGACGUACUGGUGGCCUGAGGGAAAGAGGGCCAUUACCGUUUCCGCGAGCGCGGCUUUGCCGCUGCCUAGCUUGUUGCAUAGAGGGAUUCGGGAAGUGCCGUCUCUGAAUAGGAUCCCUGGCCAUGAGAAUCCGACGGAGCAUGUCAGGUCUAUUUUUGACAAGGUGCUUGGUUCUAUGGCAGGCGAUCAGGUAGUGGUGGAUGUCGUGGCUGUUGGAGAGGCGUGCGAGAUUGUGGAAAAGUUUCUGGAUGGCAAAGAAGCCUGGGAUGCUUGGGGAAAGAGACUCGGUUCUCUGAUCCUGCUGGGCCCGGUGUUUGAGGCAGAUGGGUUGAUGAACGGAGAGUUCAAGGAUUUUUUGGCCAAGAGAGCUCGUGGCUAUCUCCUCUGCUCUGAGCCCCCCGGAGUCCCUCUGGCCCCCCCUGAAGGCAACCCGGAGCUCAGUAUCCUCCCCAUGGGCUUUCCAUGCGUCUCUUCCUCCGAGCCGUCCUACGUCGAAAUGAUUCUCAUCCAGGCACGAUCUCACAUCCUCUCGCAUCUCCAGUAUGUUGCUCUGAACCCAGAUUACCAGAAUCACGUCAUUACGGCGGCUGAUUGCCUGCGCCCUGCUCUGACUGAACAGGACUGGAACGAGUUACCCGAGCACGACAAGCCAGUGAUUACCAAGGCUGAUCCGGCCGAGUUGAAGAAAGAGUUGAAGCAAGCGAGGCGCUGGAAGAAGUUUGCAGAGACAGGAGUGGCUCCGGACACAGACUCGGAGUCGGACUCAGACAUCUAA